GGCCGGCCGGGGCUUCAGACAUCUCUUCUGUCCAUCAAGAAGCGAGGUGGCCAUGAUGGGGGCCAGGCUGCCCCUUUUCCUCCUCCUGACCCUCCUUGGCAGCUCACACGGAGCAGGGCCAGGAAUGACUUUGCAACUGAAGCUGAAGGACUCCUUUCUGUCAAAUGUCUCCUAUGAUUCCAGCUUCCUGGAAUUGCUUGAAAAGCUCUGCCUCCUCCUCCAUCUCCCAUCCGGGACCAACGUCACCCUCCAUCAUGCAGGAUCCCCACAGCACGUCAUCUGCAAAGUCUGAGAGCAAUCGAAGCCUGUGCCCCACUUGGCCUGGGCAUUUGGCCCCCGAGGGUGUAGGGGGGCUGCCCUGAUCCUGUCUUCCAGCAGGCCCUCACCCUGCCAAGUGGCAUUAAAUACGCAAAAUUCAAUGAUUUGACUUUGUGGGCUCAUGAGCAUAGGGCCGGAACUGGACGCCCAAGUCUCUGACUCUCCCUCUUGUUAAGCAGAGGGAUUCUGGGAUGGACCCUCUCUCCCUCAACACCAGUGCCUAAAGACCUAGAAAGAAUCUGGGGAAUUAACUGUUUGGGGACACAUGUACCAACACACACAUAUGCAUGUACGUGAACACACACUUCAAGUGAGAUCUUCAGAACCCCUGGGAAAAAAGGAAACACACACUGAAUUCCUACUUAGUUCCAGACAUGAUGCCUUCUCAUUUUGAUGUUUGCGGCAAUCUUGAAUGUAGCAUGAUAGGUAUCAGUAUCCGAUUUUACAGAUGAGGAAAUUGAGGCCUCGAGAGGGUAAGUCCCUCACCUGAGUCCAUUAGCAGUGGAGAGGUCGACACCAGACAAAUGCCUUGGCUUAAGCGAGAUUUUAAUUUCGUCUCUUUUUGCUUAAGCUUUGGGGCUGGGGGCUCAGGAAACCAGGGAUAUGGCAGGGAUGUGGACAGAACACCCCAGGACAUGGGCCCCUGACCCAGGGAUCUA